AUGUCUCGACUUCCCGGAGAACCACUGUCGGAGGUGGCGCAACAUGGGCGGACGGAGCCGGCCUGUCACCCGCAGGAUGAGGCGGUGAAUACGAAACCCAAAUCCGAAUCCUCCAACGUUACAGACCGGCAGGAUGACAAUCCCGAGUUGACAAAGAAGCCGCACGCGGGGGCGGAGGACACCAACACAGGGGAGGCGUUGGACGAGGAGGAUGCCGAGGAGGUGCCUCGAAAGAAGCAUUACUCGAAGUUUCGUCUGUGGUUUGAGAAGGUCGUGCCACCGGGCGGUGUCAUUGCGAGCUCCUUCACUCUGGGCAGCUCCACUCUUGGCGCCGGUAUCCUCGGUCUCCCGGCCGCGUUCAACAGCAUGGGCUUUGUGACUGCGCUGCUUGUGCUCAUAGUCGUUACAGUGCUCACGGUCUUCUCUUUGUGGCUGCUGGCGCGGUGCUCCGACGCGGCGAAGGUUCGGACGUACGAGGAUGUGGCUCGUGUGCUGCUCGGCCGUGGCGCCGACUACGCAGCCGCCAUUUUCAUGCUCGGCUUCUGUCUCGGCGGCGCCGUCAGCUACAUCAUUUCCAUCGGUGACCUGCUCACUCCUAUCUUUGACGACCCUAGUGUGCCAGAGUUCCUGAGGAAGAAGAUUGGCAACAGCGUCAUCACGUCCAUAGUGUGGCUCGUCGUCAUUCUACCCCUGUGCCUGCCCAAGAAUAUCGACUCGCUCCGGCACACGUCCAUCAUAAGCGUCAGCAUGGUGGUGUUCUUUGUCAUCUGCAUCAUGCAGGACAGCUGCGAGUUCAUGGCGAAGAACGGGUGGCGCAAGGAUAUCAAGUUCUUCAACACGGGCAAUGACGCCAUUCAGGGCCUGGGCACUGUCAUCUUCGCCUGCCUCGUCCAGAUCAACGCUCAGGAAGUCUACUAUGAGAUGGCGGAUCCGACGCCGCGCAACAUGGUGCGUAACAGCGCAAUCGCUAUGGGCGGCUGCGGUCUCUUGUACGUUUUCGCUGGCGUCUUCGGCUGCGCGCGUUUCGGCUCCACGGUGAAGUCGUCCAUUCUGCUCAAGUACCAGCCGCGUGAGGCGCCGCAGUUCUGGUUUGCCUACUUCGGCAUCGUCGUGAAGAUUUGCGUGGCCUUUGCGCUGCACCAGCUUCCGUUGCGCGACAGCAUCUACCACUUCUUCUCGUGGGACGUCUACCGCAUGCCCUGGUGGAGGAACGCUCUCAUUUGUGGCGGUAUCGCGGCAUUCGUGCUGAUCGUUGGCCUCCUAGUCCCGGACCUCAACAUCGUCCUCGGCCUCGUCGGCUCCCUCUGCGGCGGCUUCAUCGGCUUCAUCUUCCCAUCUCUCAUGAUCAUGUACACGGGUAAAUGGAGUCUGAAGGAUGUGGGCUUGUUCGAGUGGUCGGUGACCUAUAUCCUCCUCCUUGUUGGCGUCGUCGCCGUCGUCUUUGGCACCUCCGCUUCCAUCUACUCAAUCGUGUGA